CUCUCUCUCCCUAACACACAAAUAGGUUAGAGGGAAACGGACACACAAAGCGAGAGGAACGGAGACGCGAGGAUUAAAAAAACGCAAACGUCUGGAGAAACCCCGACUUGUUUGCGGCUCUGACUCCUAAUUGGAUGUGCGGACGGCGGCGAAGGAGAGACUAGGAGCACCCUUUGCUUCAACCCCCACCUCUUCUUGCCACAGGGGAAGGCUACACACACACACACACACACACACACACACACACACUCGAUGAAAAGCAGCAGCUAGGCCACACGUCAUUAGUUCUCGCUGGCCAAGCACCGACAAAAGGAGAAGCCUGGAGACCAAAGCACCCCGUCAGCUGCGUCUCGGUGCGUUUUAGAGGUCAACUCAGGCUGUCUUUUUUUCCUCGAAGACAAGACCAGGACCACAGGAGAAAGUGGUGUUGAUGUCAAGUGGCGGCGUGGAAUAGCGUCACUUGUGGGGGUCGAAAUGGUGCCGCCGAGGGGAUUACAGCAGAGCAGGAAAGCUGCGCUCGCACUUCGGAUGGAGGGAAGGAAGAGGAUUUAAAGCUACGCUUAAUCGGAGUCGAUAGGACCCUUGUCUGGACUCAACACAAGCAUCACCUGGGGGUCGGACAAGAGGGAGAGAAAAAAAUUGAUAUUCUGAAGCAGUGCACAGCUUGAAAGUUGCACCACUCGGACUACUUCCGGGUCAUAGUGCAGUGGGAGGAGUCUGUGCUUGUUUUUUCCUGCCAAACCCCCCCCCCCCUUCAUUACCAUCUGCCCGCUAAGCCCCCCGGAGCACAUUUUUUUUUGUCGUCGCUCCGAAGCUUCCCAUGGACCCCGACAUGGUGUUCGUGUUACCUUGACGCCAAGCGCACAUCUCGGCUGCCUGCGGCGUGUGCUCUUCCUCGGGUGGGUUCGGCGACCGAGCGAUGGCCAUGGUGAGUGGGGGCUGGGGAGACCCCAAUGGCGGCACCAACGGGCUGGGGGACAAGAGCUACCUGAAGAGGGAGGACGAAGACGGCUCUCCCCAGGCGGGGGGCAGCGACAUGGAGGCCGGGGAGGACGACAAGGCCUGCGUGCUGGACUGCGUGGUGUGCGGGGACAAGUCGAGCGGGAAACAUUACGGCGUGUUCACCUGCGAGGGGUGCAAGAGCUUCUUCAAAAGGAGCGUCCGACGUAACCUCAGCUACACGUGCAGGUCAAACAGGGAGUGUCAGAUUGACCAGCACCACCGCAACCAAUGCCAAUACUGUCGCCUCAAGAAGUGCUUCCGCGUGGGCAUGCGCAAAGAAGCAGUUCAACGCGGUCGCAUCCCACCUCAGCCUAGCCUCAGCCCCACCCUCACGCCUUUAGGUGGCGCCAGCGGCCUGGGCGGCGGCGAAUUCUACAACAACAACAACAACAACGGCGGCGGUCAGCCGGUGUCGGAGCUCAUCUCCCAGCUGCUGCGAGCCGAGCCGUACCCCAACAGCCGCUAUGGGCACCAGUACAACCAGCAGGCGGGGCCCGAUAACGCCAUGGGCAUCGAUAACAUCUGCGAGUUGGCGGCACGGCUACUCUUCAGCACGGUGGAGUGGGCGCGCAACAUCCCCUACUUCCCUGAGCUGCCCGUGUCGGAUCAGGUGGCGCUGCUGAGGCUGAGCUGGAGCGAGCUGUUCAUCCUCAACGCCGCCCAGUCGGCCUUGCCGCUCCACAUGGCGCCCCUGCUGGCGGCGGCGGGCUUCCACUCGUCGCCCAUGUCGGCGGAGCGCGUGGUGUCCUUCAUGGACCAGGUGAGGGUGUUCCAGGACCAGGUGGACAAGCUGACCCGGCUGCAGGUGGACUCAGCCGAGUACAGCUGUCUCAAGGCCAUCGCGCUCUUCUCACCAGACGCCUGCGGUCUGACAGAUCCGGUCCACGUGGAGUCUCUGCAGGAGAAGGCUCAGGUGGCCCUGACCGAGUACGAGAGGAUGCAGUACCCCAGUCAGCCUCAGCGCUUCGGCCGCCUCCUCCUGCGUCUGCCGGCUCUGCGCGCCGUGCCCGCCAGCCUCAUCUCCCAGCUCUUUUUCAUGCGCCUCGUGGGGAAGACCCCCAUCGAGACGCUGAUCCGAGACAUGCAGCUCUCCGGAAGCUCAAUCAGCUGGCCCUACGUGCCGGGGCAGUAGCCUGGGACCCGCGGGAACCCUCCUGACUCAUCGCUGUCCAUCUGUGUGGUUAUCCAACUGGGGUGCCAGCUGGCUAUCAUGUGUGCUGUCAUGUAACCGCUCAAUGCCCCGCUGUCGCGUCCCCACAAACUCUGUCUCCACGCGGGCUUCCCGAGAAGCAAGACUCACCUGUGAGAACAUGACAAAGCAGGCGGGCUCACAUGCAUGGUACUGAUGAAGUGAGCACCUGCAGGGGUUUUGUGGAGAGGAUUCGGGGGGGGGGGGGGAGGUAUGAUCAAAAAGAAACCAAGGAAAAUUCACCAAAGUUCAUCCUCAGAUUGAUGCACAAAAAAGACGAGGACUGAGUGGAACACGAGGAUGAAGUCGUGCACAAGGCUCGGAGUCCAGAAGAAAACAGACUAUUACCUCACGAGACAUCAGAAUGCUUUAGUCUGAUAUUUCAACAAAUUCAAACCAGAACCUCUGUAAAUGUUUCCUCACCAGAAACCGCCUUCUUUUUGACGACCGCCUUGCUCCUGGUGAACAUCUGUCGCUUCUUUUCGCAGCAUCCAGGAAGUGCUCACACUUUUACUCGUUUUGUUGUCACAAAAUGGAAUACAUUCAUUUUGUCCUCAAAAUUCUACACACAAUACCCCAUCAUGACAAUGAAUUUUUUUUUUUUUUUUAAUUUGCAAAUUUAUUAAAAAGAAAAAAACAUAUUUACCAUAUUUAGCCUUUGCAAAAUACUUAGUUUUUAUUUUUUUUAAAUUUUUUUUUUUAGUCUUAAUAAAUUUGCAAACAUAAAAAAAAAAAAUCAAAAAAAAUAAAUCACAAUGACAUUAUGGGGUAUUGUGUGUAAAAUUUUGAGGACAACAUUGAAUGUAUUCUAUUUUGGAAUAAGACUAAUGUAACAAAAUGUAGAAAAUGUGAGAGUUUCGUAUUUUUCGGAGUAUAAGUCGCACCGGAGUAUAAGUCGCACCUGCCGAAAAUGCAUAAUAAAGAAGGGAAAAAAACCUAUAUAAGUCGCCAAACUAUGAAAAAAACUGCGACUUAUAGUCCGAAAAAUACGGUACUUAUUUUGUCCACAAAAUUCUACACACAAUACCCCCAUCAUGACGAUGAUUUUUAAAAAUUUAUUUUAUUUGAAAAUGUAUUAAAAAGAAAAAAAAAACAUAUUUACACACAUUUUCACAUGUGAUUUAAAAAAAUCCUUAAUACAUUUUCAAACAUAAACAAAAUUCACUAGGUCAUUAUGGGGUAUUGUGUGUAGAAUUUUGAGGACAACAUUGAACGUAUUCUAUUUUGGAAUAAGACUAACGUAACAAAAUGUAGAAAAUGUGUGAGUACCGUAUUUUUCGCAGUAUAAGUCGCACCGGAGUAUAAGUCGCACCUGCCGAAAAUGCAUAAUAAAGAAGGAAAAAAAACCUAUAUAAGUCGCCAAACUAUGAAAAAAAACUGCGACUUAUAGUCCGAAAAAUACGGUACUUAUUUUGUCCACAAAAUUCUACACACAACCCCCAUCAUGACGAUGAUUUUUUAAAUUGAUUUUAUUUGCAAAUUUAUUAAAAAGAAAAAAAAAACAUAUUUACACACAUUUUCACAGCCAUUUUCACAUGUGAUUUAAAAAAAAAUUGAGGGUUGGAAUUGGGGGUUAAAUCACCAAAAAUGAUUCCCGGGCGCGGCACAGCUGCUGCCCACUGCUCCCCUCACCUCCCAGGGGGUGAACAAGGGGAUGGGUCAAAUGCAGAGGACACAUUUCACCACACCUAGUGUGUGUGUGUGACAAUCAUUGGGACUUUAACUUUAACUUUAACUGCCGAAAAUGCAUAAUAAAGAAGGAAAAAAACAUAUAUAAGUCGCACUGGAGCCCGGCCAAACUAUGAAAAAAACUGCGACUUAUAGUCAGAAAAAUAUGGUACUUAUUUUGUCCACCAAAUUCUACACACAAUACCCCCAUCAUGACGAUGAUUUUUUUAAUUUAUUUUAUUUGCAAAUGUAUUAAAAAAAAAAAAUAUUUACACACAUUUUCACAGCCAUUUUCACAUGUGAUUUAAAAAAAAAUCCUUAAUAAAUUUUCAAACAUAAACAAAAUUCACUAGGUCAUUAUGGGGUAUUGUGUGUAGAAUUUUGAGGACAACAUUGAACGUAUUCUAUUUUGGAAUAAAACUAACGUAACAAAAUGUAGAAAAUGUGUGAGUACCGUAUUUUUCGGAGUAUAAGUCGCACCUGCCGAAAAUGCAUAACAAAGAAGGAAAAAAAACAUAUAUAAGUCGCACUGGAGCCCGGCCAAACUAUGAAAAAAACUGCGACUUAUAGUCCGAAAAA